UCGCUUGUGGAACGUUUUAACAGAAGAUCCAUAGAGUUUUAGCUUGGAAAAUACGGAUUUAUUUGCUGUCUUUAGUGGCUUUUUGGAGUCUCUCUAUUUUGUUAUUGAGGAAAAAUAAAAGGCUUUCACCAUGGCGGUAAGUGUGAUUUAUAAAGUUUGCGGUAAGUGUGAUUUAUAAAGUUUAUUUCUGAUAUGAAACAUGACAUAAUUGUUAUGCUACAAACACGUGGUACUGUGUGUUACUGUGCUGAAGAUUAUUAAGCUGUCUAUAAAGCAAUCAUCUUGUUGAUUUGCUCAGUUUAGGGCAGAAAGCAAAUGUUUCCAGCUGCCAUGAGUAGAAACACUUGUUUUUUUAGCUGCCAGAAUGGGAUUUUUGUUACUCCUUUGUUAUCUCUAUUUUGACUUGAAAAUCUGACACAUUUCAUGCAAAAGAUCGUUCCAGAAAAGAUCCACACUCUCCCUACACAGGAACUUUUUGCCGUCCAGAGGGAGAAUGUUAAAAAUAAACUUCCAGGAAUACUAAAAUCUGCUUGGACGUCCAAAAAGGGGGAUGGAGGUCAACUUCCAAUCUCCUCCGUGGGGGAGGUGUGAAUGUUUUCUGGAAUGCCCCAGUCCUGACUUUUGGUAAAUACUUCCCAGAGCACCUUUGCUUAGUACACCAGAAUUGUCUGUUUUUUAAGCUAACAAGUAUCUAUAGUAAAAUCUUGUUAUUUUAUUGUUCCUCUAGACUAUGCCCUUGAACCCAAAGCCAUUUUUAAAUGGUCUAACAGGGAAACCUGUUAUGGUCAAAUUGAAAUGGGGAAUGGAGUAUAAAGGAUAUCUAGUCUCAGUUGAUGGAUACAUGAACUUACAGGUAAUGGCAUCCACGGCAUUUGAUGUCAACAUUUCAUAUGAAGAAGAAACCUUUAGGAAACAGUUUAUAGAAAUGAUAGAUGGUGUACCACUGCAGAAUUAAUCAUAUUUCAAUAUUUUUUCUUAGCUAGCAAAUACUGAAGAAUUUAUUGAUGGUGCUUUGACUGGGAAUUUGGGUGAAGUUUUAAUAAGGUAAAAAUAUUUUGGGGGCAACAAUUUUUCAUUUUCCGCAGUUGUGUUUUAUUUAGUGGCCAAUUAAUACAGUUGAGGCGUGUUGUUUAACUUUGUUGCUGCUCUUGGAAGAUGGCCACAAUAGGGCCAUUUAUACGGAACAAAAUAAGACGUGACUUACAUAAGACGCGACUUAGAUAAGACGCGAGUUUGUCGUAUAAAAGGUACAAAAUUCUUAUGUAAGACGCGUCUUGGAUAAGACGCGUCUUUCAUAAGAACAGGCCUUUUAGCUGUUCUUAUCUAAGUCUCGUCUUAAAUAAGAAAUUUUGGACAAAAAGUCUAACUACACAUGCCAGAAACUUGAAACAACGUAAAAUUAUUAGCCUUGCUUAUUAAAACAAAAACAAACAAAACAACAUUAUAGCUAUAGCAAAUAAAUAAGACCAAAGCCGUAGAGAACCAUUUAUGCGAUAACUCCGCUUAUUUAAGUCGCGUCUUAUGUAAGUCGCGACUUAUUUUGUCCCGUAUAAAUGGCCCUAUUGUGUUGAAAUCCCAAUAAUUUAAUCUUAGUGCUUUCUCUUCUUCUGACAGAUGUAAUAAUGUGCUGUACGUGCGAGGUAUAGAGGAAGAAGAGGAGGAUGGAGAAAUGAAAGAUUGACCAUGUAUCCUCAUUGUUCACAAUAACUUUAUUUUAUUACUAAUUGUUUGAGAGCAAACGUUAACGUUCGCCUCAAACAUAUGUUAAGAGCUACUGUACUGCUGAAAAUCGUAUCAUCAAAGAAUGUAUCACAGAUGGAAUAGACCAUUUCCAAAAAAACUGUUGACUGUAGAUUUUUAGGACUUUUAUUUUGAUUUGUUUUCAGGACCUUUGAAAAUCAAAAAACCUUCCUGAAAAUAAAUAUUAAUUAUAUAGAUAGGUUAAACUGACACUAGGACAUAAUUUGGAAAAGGUCUAUUAAAUUUUGACAGUAAUCUCUGGAAUAAACAGAGCUUGCUAACAUGGAUGGCUUUGAUAACUUUGAUAAAGUCCCGAUAGAUUUGAUAACUUUCAUUGCAUUGCAACAUUCAAAAUAUUAUGUUGUCAUUUUAUGACAAAGCUGUUAAUUAAUGUUCAUUUUCCAUGCAUAGCUAGAAUCUAACUACACAAAAGCUUUGCUUUUGGGCCAAUUGCUUUGACAAGUCAUUUAAUACACUUUCUACCUUACUAACAUAAAUAAUUUUGUUUGUUAAAUAAAAAAUCUUUUCUGACCAUAGGUUAUUUUUCUGAUUG